AUGUCGUCGAUCGGAACCAUCUACGGCCCUCCCAACGCGCCCAAGGUGCUCCGCUCCCGCGCUAUCGCUGCCGUCAAUGGGCUCAACCUUGAGGUCAAGGAGUGCUCCCCGAUGAAGGGCGAGACGCAGACUCCCGAAUUCCUCGAGAAGUUCCCUACGGGAAAGGUGCCCGGCUUCACCUCGUCCGAGGGUUUCAACAUGUUCGAGGGCAGGGCAAUUGCACGCUUUGUUGCGGGCAUCUCCAACAACAACAACCUCUUGGGCGCGGACAACCGAUCCGCCGCUGAGGUUGAGCAGUGGACCUCGUUCGCUGACGAGGAGAUCCUCGGCCCCGCCAUGCGCCUCUUCUACCUCACGCAGGGCUUCUGGCCCUACAACAAGGCCAUCGAGGACAAGCAGCAUAAGAGCCUUCACCGCGCCUUCCACACCCUCCAGAACUACCUGCACAAGCAGACGUACCUCGUUGGACACCGCGUCACCCUUGCUGAUCUGACGAUGGCUGCCAACCUGCAGUGGAUUUACGCUAACGUUGUUGGCAAGGGCUACCGUGAUGCUUACCCGCACGUCGCCCGCUACUACGACCUCAUCUCCCACCUCCCUCAGGUGAUGAAGGUCUUUGGCGGUGAGAAGCCUCGCGAGGAGAACGCCAAGUUCACUCCCCCCGCAAAGGAGAAGAAGGAGAAGGCUCCUAAGGCUCCCGCCGCCGCCGCCGCCCCCAAGGCCGAGAAGAAGAAGGAGCAGCCCAAGAAGGCCGCCAAGGACGAUGACGAGGACGACGAGCCCCCUGCCCCCAAGUCUGCUCCCCACCCUUGCGCCUCUCUUCCUCCCUCAAAGCUCAACCUCGAGGAGGCCAAGCGCCAGUACUCUAACCUCGACUCGCCCGACUUCUUCAAGUGGUUCUACGAGAACUACGACAAGGAGGGCUACUCGAUCUGGCGCUUCGACUUCAAGUACAACGACGAGCUCACGCAGGUCUUCAUGUCAGCCAACCAGCUCGGUGGCUUCAACUCGCGCCUCGAGGCUUCGCGCAAGUACAUUCUUGGGUCGGGUGCCGUCUACGGCGAGAACAAUGACUCGGUCAUCGCUGGUGCCGUCAUCGUUCGUGGACAGGACUGGAAGCCCGUCCUGGGCGUCGCGCCGGACAUUGACUCGUACGAGGUGACGGCGCUGGACGUCUUUGGAAACGCCGACGACAAGAAGUUCUUUGAGGAGAACUUGGCAUGGGAGGGAGAGUACAAGGGGAAGAAGUUUGCGGACGGCAAGAUGAUCAAGUAAAGAGAG